AUGACACCUGAAGAGCUUGCUCAACGAGAACAAGAGGAGUUUGCCACUGGUCCACUGUCUAUUCUUACACAAUCCGUAAAGGAUAAUGCCCAAAUUUUAAUCAAUUGUCGGAAUAAUAGGAAGCUACUUGCACGCGUGAAAGCUUUUGAUCGACAUUGUAACAUGGUUUUGGAAAAUGUCAAAGAAGUUUGGACAGAAACGCCAAAAGCAGGCAAAGGAAAGAAAAAAGGAAAGCCCGUUAAUAAAGAUAGAUAUAUUGCAAAAAUGUUUUUACGAGGCGACUCGGUGAUUCUUGUUUUAAGAAACCCGCGAGCUAGCACUGGCAAGUGA